UUUGUGCAUACCCGACCCGGAAUAAGCUCUUCUGCAUGUCCUUUCUCUUCUCUCUUCAUCCUCCCCAUUAUAUACCUUUCUCUCUCUUGCGCACUGCCCCCAUUUCAAUUUCAGCAACUCACACCAAAUCAAUCGCCGAUCUUCUUCAAACCCAGUGAGUUUCUCUGGUUAUUCAUCAAUAAUUUCAUUAAUUACGUUCCAAUUUUGAUUGAAAUACUAUCAGUUUCUCAAUCGACUGUAAAUCUCCACGACUCUUCAAUCUCUUCUUUGAGUUUUGUUUCCCUUGUUUUCAUUCGUAUUUUCAAACGAUUGUAAAUGGGUUGCACGGUGAGAGAUAAGCAUGUUCGUACGAAUCGGAGGCCUCGAUCGGUAAAACCCGAAUUCGAUCCGUGUUGUCACCAAGAACGAGCUUCACUUCCCAAAUCUGUACUUGAAUCGGGUUCCAAGCCGUUGGAUUAUCAUAUAGGGCUUGACGAUUCGAACCAGGAUAACGCUGUUACCUCAAACUGUAAUUCCGGUUCCAGCUUGGAUGAUCUUGGAUGGGGUUACUGUACGGAGGAGCAAUUGGAGGAAAUUUUGAUGAAGAAUUUGCAAUUUGUUUAUACUGAAGCUAUUUCUAAGCUUGUUGCAUUGGGUUAUGAUGAGGAUGCUGCGAUGAGGGCGAUUUUGCAAAAUGGGCAUUGCUAUGGUACCAUGGAUGUUCUAACAAAUGUGCUGCAUAAUUCGCUGUCGUUUUUGAAUGGUAACAACAACUCUGAUAGUGCUAGCAGCGAGGCUGUUGCAGCUGCUUCUGCUGCUGCCGCUGCCGCUGCUGCGGCCGCUUCUGCUGAUGGUGUUGGUAUUGGACCCAUCGGUAAUGGUAAUGGUAUUGCUAUUGAUAAUGUUAAUGCUAAUUUGGUUGUGGAUGAUCCUGAGCCUGCGUUCUCUGAUAUAAGGCAAUUGCAGGAGUAUUCUUUGGCUGGUAUGGUAUGUUUGUUGCAACAAGUUAGGCCACAGUUGACUAAAGGAGAUGCUAUGUGGUGUUUGCUUAUGAGUGAUCUUCAUGUCGGUCGGGCAAGCACCAUGGAAAUUCCGGUGCUUCCUUCAGCACCAAGUAAUGUUAAUGGUGACGCAUCUGGUGGCAAUGGUGAGAAUGUUAGUAACCAACCAGUGGGAUUUUUGGAACCAUCUCUUUGUAAAUUUCAUGGUGGUUCAGGUUUUGGAAACAGUGGAGGUUCUGAAUUCUCUGCUAAUGGUUUUCUGUCUUAUUCUCCUGAUAUGGAUUUACAUAGAGAUAUUGAGUGUCCAAAGAGGUUUAAUCUUUCUCCUUCAAUGAAGUCGUUGUUGAAGAGGAAUGUGGCUGCAUUUGCUGCUGGUUUUCGAGCAAACUCGAAACACCUUACAGCACAGACUCAAGCUUGUGCAACUGUCUUGCCAAGUGAAAUUCCCCCUGUCGUACAAGGUGCUUCGGUAGUUCCAGUGGAGAAAAGUGAGGAGUCCCAGAUUCCAAAGAACCAAGAUGCUGUAAAUUCAAUGUUGAAUAAAUUUCGCGAUUUGAAGAUUUAUGAGAAUUUGGAUUUUGUGGCAGACGAUAAAAAGGAUGAAGUGAUUGUAAAUCUCUUGCAUCAGAUUAAAGAGCUUGAGAGACAAGUGAAGGAGCGGAAAGAUUGGGCGCAUCAAAAGGCAAUGCAAGCUGCUAGGAAACUGAGUCAUGAUCUCACGGAGCUUAAAACGUUGAGGAUAGAAAGGGAAGAGACCCAACGCAUGAAAAAUGGCAAACCGACUUUGGAGGACACAACAAUGAAACGGCUAUCUGAGAUGGAGAAUGCGUUGAGAAAGGCCAGUGGUCAGGUGGACCGUGCAAAUUCAACAGUACGACGACUUGAGACAGAAAAUGCAGAAAUUAGAGCAGAGAUGGAAGCUUUAAAGUUAAGUGCCUCCGAGUCUGUCACAACUUGUUUGGAGGUUGCAAAGAGGGAGAAAAAAAGCUUAAAGAGACUAUUGGCCUGGGAAAAGCAAAAAACAAAAUUACAGGAGCAGAUUGCAGAGGAGAAGGAUAAGAUUUCAAGGUUGCAAGAUGAAAUGGAGAUGAUCAAGGUAGCUCAAAAAGAGGCUGAGGCUAGGUGGAGGCAGGAGUUGAAUGCUAAGGAAGCUGCCAUGGCACAAGUGGAAGACGAAAGACUUCGUAAAGAGGCAGCAGAGGCGAGUAGUAAAAGAAAGCUCGAGGCAUUACGACUUAAGAUAGAGAUAGAUUUCCAGCGCCACAAGGAUGAUCUCCAAAGGCUUGAACAAGAACUUUUGCGUCUAAAGGCAUCUGCACAAUCUAUUGACUCACACCAACCCUCCAGUAACACACCUAGAGGGAAUUCCGAGGGCGUAAAACCCCAGGGAGAAACAAUCGCGAAAAUGCUUCGGGAAUUAGAUAGCUAUGAGGAAUCAACGGAGGAAGGCGUCAACCACGACCGCGAAUGCAUGAUAUGUAUGAGAGGUGAGGUCUCCAUUGUUUUCUUACCUUGCGCUCACCAAGUUCUGUGUGCGAGUUGCAGUGAUAGUUACGGGAAAAAGGGUAAAGCAGCAUGCCCGUGUUGUCGGGUUCCGAUAGAACAGAGAAUCCGAGUUUUUGGUGCGAGUUCAUAGAAGAAUAGUAAGAGUUGUCUCAAGUGCAGCAUUUCUUUGUUAAAAACACAGCAUUUCAGUGCGGUGCAGGUAUUGGGUAGUUUGUAUACCUUUGAAUAUGUUUACAGUUUACUGAAUAUACUUGGUUGAACAUGCUUCUGGUCUGGUAUAUCAAAAAUGGCUAUCAGUGUGUAUAAAUAAAAUGAACAUAUGGGGUGUGAUGCCCUUUGUCUA